AUGGUGGGAGUGUGGCCCACCUGGGACGAUCUCAAGAUAGAAAUCAAAAAAUAUUUCAAACCGCAAGCUGAGCAUGACUGGGUGCGUCAGCAAAUCCAUUCCUUCAAGCAAGGAAGCAUAAGGGCGGAUGAUUAUGUCACCCAGUUCCUGGCUCUCUCUAUCCAAAGAGGGCUUGGAAAUGAACAUGCAGUAGAGCUGCUAGAAUGCAAUGUGAACCCCCGCAUUGCCGAACAGAUCUACCUGCAGGAUACACAAAGUGACAACCUGGCCCUGGCGGCCGAGGAAGUUCGCCAAGUUGGUAGAGCCCUGGAGCUGUAUAUUAUGCACCAAGAUGGCGGGCCCACCACCAAAAAUAACCUAUCCCAGAGGUGCCCUGGGUCAUCAAACCACCAUAAUCACUCUCACAGGUUCAAGCCGUUUGGGCUGCAGCCAGGACAGGGUGCUCCUAUGGACAUCGGCGCAGUCCAAGGCGGACAGAUGCGCAGAUUCAAGGGCAACUGUUACAACUGUGGCCAAGAGGGACACAUAUCCCAAGAUUGCAGAAACGGGGCGCAGGCCGCCCAACAGAAAAUAACCAAGGCAGGCGCGCCAAUUAGAAAUUGA